CUUGCGUGCUUGCAUGUUUUGACAUUAUAAAACUAGCACAAACAUGCUUUGAUUUUAAAUUAUCUCAUCAAUGAGAAUACUUUCUCCCUAAUGAAUUUAACCAGACAUGGGUUGUUUGUUUUCACGAUUUUUUGGUAGUAGACAACCACUGGAGGAGGUAGAAGAUGAGAAACCGGUAUAUUCUUGGGAUCAUCGGGAAAAGAAAAAUAUUAAGGACUACACAAUAGAAAACCUGGACAAUGAGACGGCAGGCAGACUUCCGGGCAGUGUCGGUGGAGAACAGUUUAUCAUCAAGAACUGCAAGGAUUCCAGCAUAUACGUGUUUGACCACUCGGCUACAAUAUCGAUAGAUGAUUGUGUAAACUGCAAUAUCUUCCUAGGACCUGUUAAAACAAGCGUGUUUAUCCGAGACUGUAAACAGUGUCGUUUGAUUGUGGCCUGUCAGCAGUUCCGGACGCGAGACUGCAGUAAGCUGGAUGUGUUCUUGUGCUGUGAUACGCAACCCAUCAUAGAGGCCACGCACGGGCUGAGAGUCGCGUGUUUCCAGUAUUUCUACCCGGAGCUUGAAGCCCAGUUCCGUGCCUCUGGUCGAAGUGUCUUUUCCAAUAAUUGGUACAACAUUCAUGAUUUUACCCCAGUACCUGACGAGACAAAUUUUUCAUUUUUACCUGAGGAUGCAAAAGUGGAGGAUUAUAUCCCACUUCCGGCGGCUGAUCAGUUUGCCUCUAUGGGCAUCUCCAUUGAGCCCAACAAAAGUGUUGUUCCUAUGACAACGGGCACCCGCCGCAAGAAAUCAGAUGAGUCUUGUUUGGUAAUUUUCUUUGAUGAUGGAAGUGCAAGUCACAGGGCUUUGACUGUCAUUAGGGAAUUAAAGUCCAAUAAAACUGAUUGUGUUCUUGUGCAGAGUAAGGAGGUGACGUUACAACCUUUUGAGGCUCAGCGUGUGUUUGGCACAGACUCCUAUGCAUUGGCUGUCCAGCAAGGUCCAGUGAUUGGUCUAGAGUUUAAUGGAGAGGGGGUGAUCGCAUACUGCCAGAAGGUGGUUGUCGACCUCACGAAGGGCACGACGGGUCUGGUGUUCGUCAGUCAGAAUCUCAGCUCAGCCAACCAGCAGAUUGAAAACUUCUUCAGCUUCGCAGAGAUGCAGAUGUCAAUGUGAAAUUUCUUCAACUUCGCAGAGAUGCAAAUGUCAGUGUUAAACUUCUUUAUCAUCGGAGCGAUGCAAAUGUCAGUGUUAAACUUCUUUAUCAUCGCAGAGAUGCAAAUGUCAGUGUUAAACUUCAUCAGCUUCACGGAGAUGCAAAUGUCAGUGUUAAACUUCUUCAGCUUCACAGAGAUGCAAAUGUCAGUGUUAAACUACUUCAACUUCACAGAGAUGCAAAUGUCAGUGUUAAACUUCUUCAGCUUCACGGAGAUGCAAAUGUCAGUGUCAAAUUUCUUCAACUUCACGGAGAUGCAAAUGUCAGUGUUAAACUUCUUCAGCUUCACGGAGAUGCAAAUGUCAGUGUUAAACUUCUUCAGCUUCACAGAGAUGCAAAUGUCAGUGUUAAACUUCAUCUUCACAGACAUGCAAAUGUCAGUGUUAAACUUCUUCAGGUUUGCAGAGAUGAAAAUGUUGAUGUGAAACUUCUUCAACUUCACAAAGAUGCAAAUGUUGAUGUGAUGCAGGGCUUCUAGAAUAUUUUUUAAAUCCACUAGCCAUGGGAUCAGUGAUUUAAAAAAUUUACUAGCCACAGUCACAAAU